AUGGCGGACGUGGUUAAUUCAAGUCUGAAAUUUGGUCUCCACGAAGAUGAAAACUCUGAACUUUAUGAAUAUUACUUGAACAUCUCAAGAGACAACCUACUAAAGAUGCAAGAACCUUUUAUAACAAUUGUCACUGUUAUCUAUAUCCUCCUAUUUCUAACCUGCAUUCUUGGAAUUGUGGGGAAUGGAACCAUCAUCUGGCUUCUUGCCUUCGGCAUGAAGAGGACUCCUUUCACAACGUACAUCCUGAACUUGGCUAUUGCUGAUAUUGGGGUCCUCAUAGUCAGCAUUUUGACAUAUAUAUGCGCAGUAUAUGAGUUUGUAAUUGCAGUCCUUAAUCGUGAAGCUGUUUCUCUUCUGAAAUAUUACAUAUUUGGUUAUGUGCUCUCAUUAUUGUAUAACACUGAUCAGCUUCUCCUGACAGCCAUCAGUGUGGACAGGUGCGUGGUGGUCCUCUUCCCAGUUUGGCAUCGAUGCCACCGGCAACCACACCUGUCCAGAACUGUUUGUGUCUUCAUAUGGGUCCUCUCCUUCCUGCUUAGUGGAUUGGACAUCCUUCUCAUAUUUGCAAAUCAAUUUACACUGCUCCAGUUUAUGGUGAAUGUUGUCAUUUGCACCCCACUCAUGGCUAUCUCUGCUAUCACUUUGUUGGUCACAAUCUGCCUUAAAUCCCAGCAACGUAAGCGGGGAAAACUUUUCAUGACUAUUUUCCUUGCGCUUUCCUUUUUUCUCAUCUUUGGUUUCCCUGUGAAUUAUAUGUCUGUCCUCAUAUACUAUUAUGUUUUGGAUGACAUUGAUAUUACUAUUCCUAUACUGGUUGCUUUUGCAUGUACAGUUCUAAACUGCAGUGUUAACCCGUUAAUCUAUUUCUUAGUGGGAAGAGACAAGAAGAGCAGAUCUGGGCUCUCGAUGAAAGUUGCCCUCCAGAGGGUAUUCAAGGAUGAGGAAAACUGCAGAGGGGAAGAAGGACCCCUAGCUGAAACCCAGGUCUGA